GGCGCUGGUGCGGCGGCGGCACGUGGUGGCGGCGCUGCGCAUGUGACGGGCCCUCCCCGGCCGCCGCGGCUCAUCCCCGCCCGGCCGAGUCCCCGCCCGCCCGGCCCCCGGCGCAGCGCCGCGCUCCGCUCUCCUCCGCUCCGCUCGGCUCCGCUCCCCGGCGCGCAGCAGCCCCGCACCGCAGGCAGCCGCCGCCGCCGCCCCGCCACCCGGCGCCAUGGCUUCUGGAGUAACAGUGAACGAUGAAGUCAUAAAGGUUUUUAAUGACAUGAAAGUAAGGAAAUCUUCAACCCCAGAAGAGAUUAAAAAAAGAAAGAAAGCCGUUCUCUUCUGCUUAAGUGAUGACAAAAAACAAAUAAUUGUAGAGGAGUCAAAGCAGAUACUGGUUGGUGACAUCGGAGAUACCGUGGAGGACCCCUACUCAGCCUUUGUGAAGUUGCUACCACUGAAUGAUUGCCGAUACGCUUUGUAUGAUGCCACAUAUGAGACAAAGGAAUCUAAGAAAGAAGACCUGGUAUUUAUAUUCUGGGCUCCUGAAAGUGCGCCUUUAAAAAGCAAGAUGAUCUACGCAAGCUCUAAAGAUGCCAUUAAAAAGAAAUUUACAGGUAUUAAACAUGAGUGGCAAGUAAAUGGUUUGGAUGAUAUUAAGGACCGUUCAACACUUGGAGAGAAAUUGGGAGGCAACGUGGUAGUUUCACUUGAAGGAAAACCCUUAUAAAAAGACAGACAAGUGCCAUCUGGAUCUAAGGAGCUUCCAUUUCUGCAGCUCGUUCAAUUGGAAUAGUAUUAGACUCCCUUUCCCCUUCCCUCCUCAAAAAAUAAGUCCCUUCCCUAAUGCCCCUGAAGGAGAUGUCAUUGUUAAGCAGUCUACCAGUGAUUGCCAUUAGACUGUUUAAUCCUGGUAGUUUUAUGUAGGAUCCAAGGAAUGCUUUCACGUCACACUCUUAGCCAAAACUGACGUUGCAUGCAUUCCUUGCAACAUGUACAAUGAAUGUGAUAGUUAAUGUGAAUAGUCUAGCAGACAGCAAAGGGUAAGCUAAUUGAAUGCCUUGAAAGUAUUGUCCACUGGUCGGAUGGUAGACUCUAUACAGUAUUACUUACAGUUGCACUUGAUUGCAGUUCCAUGAGGCUCUUGUGCAUUCAUACACCUCACCUGCCUUGACAAGCCUAUUUUUGUGACAUGGCAGCACACAACACUAUGCAUUUAAAGCACUUUUUUGUAAUAUGUUUGACCCGCCCCUCCCCCCCAAAGGAAUGCCAAUUAAGUUGCUGUAACCGUGUCAUCAAAUUAUUGUAGUACCUCAGUUCCAUUCCUGUUACAUGCAUAUCUUUAUAAAUGAAGUAGCUGUUACGAUGCCUUUUGUUUUCCAUUGAAUGUACACUACUGAUCAGGAGUAGAAGUUAUCUGUUUACCAUGUGAGUCUUGAAACACUAAAGUUUUGUAAAACAUCAGUCAUGAUGGCAAUUUCUGUAUUAAAAAGAGCCUUAAAUGGAACGUUGUUUUUGAGAUCAAAAACUGGCCACGUUGCAAUAAAACUUGUGGCUUAUUACAGAA